AAGAUUUGUUGAGAUAACAAGUUUGUGUAUACACUGAGCGCUUACAUUGAAGCAUUUCAAGUUUUCAACCACUUGAUGCCAGCUUCAUUACGACGAAUAGAUCCUGCAUGGGGCAUUUCUAUCGAAGAAAGCAACCCUGAGAAGGUUUGCAAAUACUCCGCGUGUCCCAGGCGCAGUACAGGAUAUGAAGGAAGGAAAAUGAAAGUGUGUGCAAGGUGUAAGCAUGUGAGAUACUGCAGCAAAGAAUGUCAAAAAGAAGAUUGGUCUGAGCAUAAGAAGAAGGGAUGUAAGGAUUACCAACUUGUAAAUGAUUACAGUGGCUGGAUGGAGGAAUACAGAGGUAUUUUUUCCUGGGCCGCAGCAGAAGCCUUGCGUAUACACACAUCCGAUGACAUUCUCCACAACGUUCUUCAAAUAACUGCAACUUAUGCAGACAGAGUUCCCGCCUUUCUUGGUCCAGUACCCUCCUCGUUCUAUAUCAUCAGCUCCAGAGUUGUCCCGCUUGACUCUGAUUCAAUCUCCGCGAUGUUAGCUAGUCCUCGCGACCGAGAGGAAUCUAGACAAAUACGUGCAAAUGGAGGAGUUGGACGGGCAAUUUUCUCCUUCCAAUUUCUCGAGGAUCCUUUCAAUGCAAAGACUACAGCUAUUUUUAAACCUUUCAAAAUCGAUUUUAAUGAUCCCCCAACACUGGGCUACGCACAUACAAUCGAUUGGAAUAGCUUGCUUCUGGGAACCGUCAAUGGGAAGAUUUCGGUCGCAGACCUCAGUCGGAGGAUCGAGUCACAACCAACACCCACCGAACAUGAAGAGCAAACUGCGGAUGAGGCGAACAUUCUUGUCGAUGGUUUGAAGGAUAUCUCUAUGACAUAGGUGGACCAGUCAAGUAAAUUUUCAACAAUAGGUCGACCGUCCCCUUGUGGGACCCUUCUUUUUGGACGGAACCGCCUAUCUAUUCAUCUAUCUAUACUCAAACUGAGUCCUCCCAAGUAGUUGGAAUUAGGUGCCGAUAACACGAGAUCUACUACGUCCAGCAACUGCUGAGGAGAGUAGUGGCUC